AUGGAGCGUAUUGUAUGGAGCGAAAAACGUAUACCAUUCAAAAAUCUCAUAGAAAAUGCAAGUAUUCCAAAACCGACUAUGGUUCAAAUUGGUCAAAAAACAAUUGUUGUUGGUGAAAAAAUAAGUGGUCAAUUUAUAACGGCAUCACCGUGUAAAGUUGUCGGAAAUCGAUUUGAUGUUAUGGAACAGGAAAUUAUCAUAUCGAGUAAACAUACUGGUCUUUGGCGUGUCAUAUCAAAAUCGACAUUGAAAAAAGAAGAAUCUAUUCAUCGUCUAACCACAAAAGAUUUAGAAAUUCUUCUAGAACAAGAUAAACACAAUCAACGAAUAAAUCCGCGAUCGUUCAUCUGUAUCCGUGAUACUGAAGCAUUUGAACUUUUUACAGAAAAAGACCAACCAUUAAUUGUUAACGGACGAAGAAGUGAUCGUAGAGUGAAGAAAAUUGAAGAAGGGACAGAAUUUGAAAUAAUUUCAGGUUGUGAAGUUGAAUAUACACCUACGAAUGGUGAACGAACAUCUCAAGAUUAUUUGUCAGUGCCAAAAAAAAACCAAGGAAUAAUUCUAACAUUUCUAUUUCCUGAAAUUGUCGAACAAGAAAAAUUAAUUCGAAAUCGAGUAGUUCGCGCAUUGUUUUGUGAAACAAAAAAUGAAACUCGGAAGAGACAUUUUUUCCUUGAAGUUAAUGAACAACCGUCUGAAAUUCGUCCAGUAGCAUCUGACGGAUCGUUAGAGUUGAGAUAUUUACACUCAACUCAAAAUUUAUAUGAAUAUUUACAUUCUCAUGGUACUGAUACCGUUCUUUACGUUAAACUAUUACGUGGUGAUCCACCUAUCAAGGCAGUUGAAUUUCAUGGCUAUCUGAUGUUGAAAAGCAUAUUGAAUGGUGAUCAAGUGCCAAUUUGUCGAACAGCAGAUUUAGAAAUAACGCUAGUGAGCCCAAAUAUCCCCGUUCAAGUACGACUGCCAGUAACACAAGAACAUUAUUGGAGAACAUUAUCGGAAGUACGAGCAGCUGAAUUGCAAUGUAUGCAAUUGUCAUUAGCACUGUUAGUCCGUCAUGAAUCAGAAGUGCAUGUAAAUAACGAUAGUGGAUAUAACGGUGAUCAAACGAUGGUGAAAUCAAAACAACACGCAGGAGAAUUCCAAAAGCACAUUGACGAGUGUGAACAGAUAUUUUCAGCAGUCAAAACGCAAAACGAUGGUGGUUCAAUAAAAAAGCCGAUUCCUUUGGGAAAUCGACAUCUGAUAACGCGGAAAGAAACAACAAUAGAACAAUCUAUUCCUGCUAUACCCGACAAGCUUGUAAAAUCGUCUAGUGUGCAACAUCAAAUAGGAUCUAAAAUCGGUCACCCAGUGGUGAACCCAUCGGCAAGACAGAAUAAAAAAACAAACGAAAAUAUAAAUCAAACACAGAGAAGUAUUCGAGACAUUACAGAAACGUCUAAAAGGUCAACAGGUGUAAGACAACCUACUGCCCGAACAGCAACAGCUAGUACACCGUUAUCCAUCGUAAGUACUACUCACAAUAGUACGAAUCAAAUACCGAAACAAAAUGAUGGCUUUUAUGAUCGGUUCAAUCGACAAACCAUAAAAAAUAAACCGACUAGUUCAUUGAUAAAAAAUCCCUAUGUGUCAGAAAAUGAUCCAUUAUCAAAACUAAGUGAAAAAUUAGAAGUUUAUAACUAUGUUGUUAUCAAAUUUUCUCAUGAAGAAUAUGAUGAAAAACUGACGAAGACAAUGAAACCGAUAAUUUUUGGUAUUAUAACAAGUAUUGAUUUACUAGAUUUUGUUAUUAAGAAUAAACCGGAUGAAAAUGGUGUCGGUGGCAACGAAUUGACAUGCACAAGAUAA